CGCGCUUUGUUUAUCCUCUUUUUCCGCCCCCAAAUCGCAUCGCGCCUCCGCGGCCGCUAUUUCCCACUAUCACGUCCGAGAGCCUUCUCCGCGCCGCGUCGCAUUGAAGCCAUAGCUCCCACGCUAGAUCCCCCCAAACUCACUUCACCUCGUCAUUCGUCAAUGUCUCGCAGUCGCCGGCACUUUACGGUCACGCGAUGAAUGUUCCAAAGUUGACCUUCAACCCGCCCUCGGGCAACUUGACGCCCUCCCCAACCGCGCGCUCCUCCCGCAACCGCGCUCCCAGCCCUAAGAGGGCCUUGGCCGGUUUCUCGAACCUUGAGCUCAAUCGGGACCCUACCGCUAAUGUCGAUAUGGCCUUCUCGGAUUUCGAUUUCACCACGCCAACCAAGGGAGGCACCACGCCCAUGUCCGCGGCCACAACACAGCCUCCUAGAUUUGCCCCGAUGUCUCUUGCUUCGCCGGUUAAGAAGUUCAGCACAGCUGAGACCCCGAGGCUGAAGGCUGGCGCUUCAAGACUUACAACGAUGUCGCUGGACGGCCCAACCAAGACCCCAUCACCCAAGAAGGUGUCCUUCGCGGAUGCCAGUUUCCAAUCCCUUACUGCGUCGACUCCAAAGCUCGCUCGCAGUUUCUCACCAAAGUCGAGUCCCUCGAAGCCCGCCGUCUCGGACUUUUCAGUCAUGUCGAUUACCUCUCCGACAGCAUCUCUCGUCUCCAACGACCAGUCUCCGCGCAGUGAUUCCGGCUCGAAUCAACAGCAAGCAGAGACUCGUGCUGACAGCGAGUCCCCGGCAGAAGAGGAGGAAGGAGACGACGAAGAGAACGACGAGGAGGAGUCACCCUCAAGAGAUGCAGAGGAGGCUGGCGGGUUCGAGUCCCCUUCAAAGCUCGACAUCACCAUGGCCGACAUAACGAUGAUUUCCGACUUCGCCCCGUCGCCCAAGAAGCCUCAAUCCUACACCUUCGCCACUACCGAACUUUCGGAAGCAGCGAAGGAGUUCUCUAACCCUUUCGACCCCGAGACCUACGCCGACCUCGACGUCACCUCAGCCCUUACCCCAGUGCCCAGCUUCGCCCGGCAGCGAGCCCGUAUUCCUCGCACAAAGCAACGAAAGGCCAGGGGCCUGGUGUUCGAGAAGGCCAUCGCAAGAGAGGUCGCCGAGUCCCUCGCCGUGGAAGAGCUCGAGGCCGCCGCCAAUUUCCGGCACAUUGCCGUGAAAGGCGGUCUGUUCUACGCUAUCUGUCCUCGCAAGAGGCAGAGGGUGGCCGAGCCCACGGCGGAGGACGACUCGGCGCCGUACUGGCUGGAGGAUGUGGACGAAAGCGGCGUGAUCAACAUGAUCGAAGCUCGCCGCGUCCUCCGUAACGACCUCAAGGCGCUCCCUGCCGGCCCCUCCGUUCACGACCAGCGCCGCCAAUACCACGAGGAGGUGGAGAAGUACGGCGAGCCCAUCGCGCCAACCUGUGGGAAGAGAAACUAUGAUGGUGAGAAGAAGCGGGCCUAUAACAACGGCCUGUUGACUCACACCAUCAUGGCGCCUCUUCUUGCAUUCCCGAUGCCAGAGCUCAGCUUUGAUUGGGUGCUUGAGACUGCCAUUCGCGAGUCUAAUAGGGUACACGGUCGUGACCAGCCCAAGCAUCGCAACGUCAGGCAGCCCAUUGCCAUCUUUGGAGAGUCCGACUUCUCGGUCAUCGAAGAGGAAGAGGAGCCUCAAAGCCCGACCGCCAAGCUCCCUCGCUUCCCUUCGACGGCGACACACCACUCAAGCUCGAGCCGAAAGACCAGGCUUGCUAGAGGCGCUGCCAACCUGGAGGCCAAGCUUGCCACACUCCAAUCUGUUGUUGAAGAAAGGUCACCUUCACCUCUGUCGUCCCCGAUUGGACCCGGCUUCACCUUCCAAAUGCUCCCCGCAUCCCUAUCGACUCUCGACGUCACCGAGACGAACCAAGAGGCAACUGAGGCCGAACAAGAGGACAAGGCUGCUGUUGUUGAAGUCGCGAGUCCAAUGGUGUUCUUUAAGAACCGGAACGACGCUUCACCCUUCAAGAAGCGCAAGUCACUCCCUGCUGCCCGUCGUCUUUCCUUUUCCGCCCCUCUCCGCCGAGCGUCUCUUCCUGCUGCCGGCCCCGCCCAGCUUCCUGUGGUGCUGGAUCUUCAAGAUCCAGCAUCCGCGUCGCUGGUGGGUGCUCCCGAUUCGUCGGUUGAGCUCCACGCGGUGCAGAGUCCCCUCGAGGUUGACUCAGCGUCUGCGGCGGCUGCCCAAGCUACCCCAGAGAGAACCCCGUCGCCUUCGCCUGUCGUUGUCGACGCAAGAGAGAAUCCGGACAUCUUCGGCUCCUUCCAGGACCGCGCCGGAUCCCCGAUUCAGGCGCUGGCAUCUCUCGCUCGCGUGUUUGAGGAGGCAAAGAAGACGGAUAUGGACGGAAGGGUCGUUGUCAGCAGAGAGGGAGGUCGUCUGAUUGUCCGAUUUAAGGUUUCGGACGAACACGCUGCUCUCUUCGCCCAAGAGCAAGAGCCCAUGGAAGAGUCUGUUGAAGAGCCCGUGGAUGCUGUCGAUUCCCCCAUCGAGCCGGCCACCUCUACCCCGUUGUCACCUAUCCGCCCGGCCACUGAAGCAGAGCAUGACGGAGAGACAACAGAGGAAGCCAAGGUCGAAGCAGAUGAGCAGGCGGCGCAGGUGCCUUCAGAGGCGCCCGCCCCGGCCAUGGAAGACGACGAUUCCUUGGUCAUGCUUAGGGAGUUCAUGACGAGGCACGCCGCUAAGAAAGCUGCCAAGGCAGCUGAUCCCGAGCCUGUCGAACUCAUCGGGCCUGCCGAUUCCGCUGUUCUUUCUCCCACUCCGGCCGUUGAACCCGUUGUUGCUCAGUCUUCGCCUGACCCUCUUGCGUCCGCUCCAAUCCUCAUGGCUGCAACCCCAGAGCGCAAUCAAAGCAUCUGGCCCGAUACACCGGCGUUCUCGAUCACGCCAUCGGCAGAUCGUUCUCGUUCUGCGAGAAGGGCAUCUCCAGCCAGCUCAACCGGACGCCAGCCUCUUGGAUCGCUCGAUGUUAACAGCCCGAGCCCCAAGAAAGCCAAGCGAAAGGCCGAGGCUGUUGACGAAAGAGAGGGAUCGCCAGAGAAGCCGCAGCCGCCGAAGCGUCAGCGCAGAGCCAAGGCCGACGUUCCCGAUGCGAAGAAGGCCACAGACAAGGCCAACGACAAGUCCGCCGAUGAGGAUGAGGUUGCUCCUGUGCCGAAUGUGCGGACGAGACGCCAGCUUGCCGUCGCGCGUGGAGAGGCUCCAGCAGUUACGAAGAUCCCAGUUAGAAACAAGGGAAUGAGUAGCAUCAGAGCUGGAGAGAAGGAUCUUGCGGCUUUGACUCGCCAGAAUACUCGCAGCAAUAAGGGAGAUGCGGUUUCUGCAGAGGAAAUGCUCGAGGCGAUCAAGACGGCACCGCCCAAAAUAGAGACUCGGGCGGCCGCUGCUGCUGCCAAAAAGAACAAUAAGAGUGUUCAGUGGGCAGCUCAGUUGGCUAGAAGCCAGUCAGAAGAUCCGUCUGCCGCUCCCAUCGAGUCUGACGAGGCAAGCUCCAGCUCUGCCGAGCUCAGUCCCGACGAGGAGAAGCAGGUUGGAAAGGCGAGAAAGGCGAAGGCUUCUACGAGCAAGAUCGCUACGACUAAGGCUUCAACCGCCAAGGCAUCGACUUCCAAGGCUGCGCCUGCCAAGUCUGCUGCGACCAAGACCGCGCCUGCUAAAGCGACUGCAGCCAAGGCAACCAAGGCAAGCCAGUCCAAGUCGGCUACUGCCCCCAAGACGGAGGGUGCUAAGGUCUCGAAGGCGAAGAAGCCCACUGCUGCAGCGAAGAAGGAGCUGGGUCUGAGUGCCAACGGUACUCCUGCCAAGCGUAGCGCUCGCACGGCGAAGAAGUGAAGGUGCCACGAGUGAGGAUACCUGGCAUGAUUGUUGGAAGGAAGGACGUUGUGAAGGAU